CCGGAGACUGUACGGUGGCCAUAUUUGAUAGAUUUGUGCAAUGCAGAAAGCGAGAGGUGUUGCGUGUUGUGAUCUUGCAAGUGACAGUGACAUCAGGCGAGGCAAGUCGGCGGCCGGGUUCGUGACUGAUCUGGACUUUGAGGGGGGAGCCAUCCAGAGAGGGAGGGGGCAAACGGGAAGAGAAACAAACAACUAACAAUAUAACUUACAUGCAGCCACACACCCCUUUUUUCUUGUAACAAUGUGUACGUUUUUAUGGAGGGAGGGGGCGCGCAGAGUGAGAAAGAGAGACGGGGAGAGAUAGAGAAAGGAGGAGGGGGUACGUUCUGAAAUAAUAUAGUCAGCCAUUUUUUAUGUAAGGGGAUUUUUUCUUAUUGGGGGGGUUGUUAAAAAAUAAAUAUAAGAGGGCGGCCAUCUUUGUUGCUCUGCCUAGUGUAAAAUAUUCCAAAACGCCCCCCACUUUUUUCUGUGCCGAUUUGAAUAUUAAAUAAAUAUCAUAUAAUCGGACAAGAAUUCGCUUUUUGAAUACAAGGACGGCGCCAAUGACAGGAAUAUAAUGUCAUCUCCUCUCCGCUCCUGUGAGGAAGAAGAGGGCAUGGUGGUUAAUUCCGAGGGAGGGGAUUUUGAUGAAGAAGACGACGAGGGAGAUCUAGACGAAAACACGAGCGACAUAAACUCACCGGCAGCGCUUCGGGAAACUGCAACAACCGCCACUGGCGCGCCAGGUGAUGAGUGUGAUUUAUCAGACAGAGAGAUUCCCAUAAAGAAAAAAGGCCGUCCGAAAAAAAAGAAAGACAUCAAGAAGAAAGAGAAAGAUGGCAAAACAGUAAAAACAAAAAAGCGAAAAAAGAUUGACAGUGAUAUAGAACGAGACUCAGACAGAGAAAGAGACAGGGACUUUGGGAACAAUUCGGACAGUAUAGCCAGUGACUAUGGAUCUGGGGAGAAAAAGAAAAAGAAGAAACAUAAAGAACGCAAAGAAAAGAAAACAAAAAAGAAGAAAAAAGAUGAUGGAGACCGGGAUAGCAGUCAAGAGGAGACUACAAAGCAACCCAUUGAGCAGAAAACCUCAGCCCAACUGGCAAAAGAGUGGGGUCUGGAGGAUGUUGAUCAUACCUUCACAGAGGAGGACUACAGAGAACUCACCAACUACAAAGCCUUCAGCCAGUUCAUGCGGCCGAUGAUAGCAAAGAAGAAUCCGAAGAUCCCUAUGUCAAAGAUGAUGACCAUCUUGGGGGCCAAGUGGAGGGAAUUCAGCUCAAACAACCCCUUCAAAGGAAACGCUGCUGCCGUCGCCGCUGCUGCCGCCGCCGCCGCCAUCGCUGUUGCCGAGCAGGUCUCUGCAGCAACCGCUUCUCCAGAGCCCCCUCCACAGCCUCCGCCCAUCCGCAAAGCCAAGACCAAAGAGGGCAAAGGUGAACUGCUCAAACACUUCUAAUGGAGCAAGGACGGCUGUAGAUUAUUUGGACAGUAGCUCACACAUCAC